GAGCGGGUGUUCAUCAGAAGAAUGCUCAUACAAGGGCAUCAUAACAUAUGGACACCACGUUCUUGAUAUAUCUCUUCAUGAAUCUCUACUUUGUCUUGAUUAUGAGCCCGCUCAAAGAUAUUGUACCAUGAUUGACUGGUGGCUAGUUUCUACAAUCCAACGCCCACAGCGGCUUAAAGAUCAAUAUCCUCAAGAAAGCAAAUUCACUUAAUGAUAUGAGUGAAUCGAUGAUCUCAAAGAGAUUAAUAAUCUCAAUAAAAUAUUAAGAGAGCAAGCUCUGCAGCGAAAAGUCGAACCCAAUUGGACCAUACAAACCAAUUUCUCUCUUUGCCAACUGCAUCGAAGACAUAAAUUCUUCUGGCCACCCGCUACUUUUCACCUGCAUAUUCAGUACUCAACUACAUGCACAGAUUAUCAUGCAAACAUGACUACACCUUCUAAGAAACAUUGGCCUAAGAGACCUAUUCUCGAUUACUCAGAAGACGAGUUCAUUCGCAUCAAAGUCGGCACCGAACCAAACCUCCAGCACUUCAAUGUCUCCAAAAUUCGUCUUGCCUACCACUCACCCUAUUUCCGUACAUCUUUGGAAUUUCCAAGAGAAGAUAGUCAGGUCAUCGAACUUCCAAAUAUCUGCCCCAAGAUAUUUCGUCAUAUUGUUCAAUACAUGAAUACCGGCUCAAUCUUUAUCCCAGUAUCCGAUAAAACAAACGUCGAACAUCUAAAUAUUCCUACACUGACACACAUUUGGUUUUUGGCUCACUACCUCUUGAUUCCGCGGGUCCAAAAUAUCGCCAUUGCUCGCAUAUACCGUUCUCUCAGCCGUGGGGGAUAUGGAUCUGUAUUUGACGUUGACGGAAUGGUCACUGCAUUGAACAUCGCAUGUGGAACUGUGGUUGAAGAUGACAACAAUGUGUAUAGUCUCUUGGGGAGCUACAUGGUAUCGCGCUCCAAUUAUUGUCAUUGGACUGACGAACAGAAAAACAAAGUUCCAAGAAAGAUUUUAAAUCUUAUGGCAGAGGCUUUACGAGUCUCUUGUGAUGGAACAGAGACUUGUCGUGUCUCUGUGCCUACGUAUUUUGGGAUAGAACACCCGAGCCGUUAUUAUGUUGACGAUAAGACUGACGAUGAAAAAGCCAUUUGAAUCUACCAGGCUAUGCACUUCAGGAUGACGAGGAGCAUGAAUCAUAACUGUCUAAACGCCAUCAACACAUCUGAGCAGUCAUUGUCUGCGGUGAGCUGAGUCUUGAGUCUCAUGUGGGAGGAACUUUUGAAGAAAGAAGAACUAUCCCAAUCAGUCAUUGUCUGCGGUGAGCUGAGUCUUGAGUCUCAUGUGGGAGGAACUUUUGAAGAAAGAAGAACUAUCCCAAUCAGUCAAGGUUCAGUUCGAAAAGUAGCGUAUGAGACUUCUGUGAUUUUGAGGCUUUGGGAGACGGAAAGUGUGUAGAUUAUUUCUAAAAAAAAAUGUUAACUUGUAAUGAAAUCGUUAAUUUUCGAUGCCGUUACCA